AUGGGAACACGAAGCGCAACCACAGGAGAGGAACGGGGAAUGUCUGGAUAAACUGUACAUUGACACGGAACCGCGAAAACGUGGGGUAACAAGGCAAAACAAAUUAGAAUUAAUUAUCAAUUUCGAAUAGCAACAGGAGAAAGGAUUUUUUGUCGUGGGAAAAUUAUAUCGUUCUCGGGUUUCUCUCUUUUUUAUGCCAUUCUCCUUGGACGCUGCUGGUACAAAGGGCUCGGAACAACUGGAGGCGAUAAUGGAACAGGGAUGUUGUCAUGUGAAUGAACGAGGAUCAUCAAUGAUGGAAUAAAGUGAAUUGAAUAAGAAAAUGUAAAGUAAGUAGUUGCAGAGCCGUUAUCACUUUCUCAUCACACGGAAGACCCAGAUCCGCUCUAGAUCCUGAUCAUCCGCUCAGGAGGACAGAUGCUGUCAUUGUGUCGAGACAGAUUUUCUCAUUCUGCAAGUGGCCUUUCAGGAAUAAUGCAGAACAGGCGUUUGACUGGAAAUACUUCUAUUUCUAUGGUUGACAAUACAAUAUAUUUUUGUCUGCGAAAUCGGUAAAGACGUGACAACAGUUAAAGUGUCCGUUUUUGAACCGCUUUAUCAUACCGUUAAAAAAAUGAAUGUUUUUUUUCUAUUGUAGAUUCUCUAGGUACAUUCCGAUUUUCCCCUGUUGGAAACUGGAUGAUAGGCGAGAAAUACGGCUACUGGUGACAUCACCCGGGUCAGAUCUGUAUUGCUAUACAGUAAAUGUCAACAAUGGUGGAGCCGGUGGGAUUUAUUGAAGCGUGGAAAGCUCAGUUUCCCGAGUCAGACCCCCCAAAGAUGGAGCUCAGGUCGGUGGGGAGCAUUGAGCAGGAGCUGGAGAAGUGCAAAGUCUCCAUCCGGCGGCUGGAGAUGGAGGUGAACAAGGAGCGCUUCCGUAUGAUCUACCUGCAAACACUGCUGGCUAAGGAGAGGAAGAGCUAUGACCGCCAGCGCUGGGGCUUCAGGAAGGCCCAGAUGAAUGAGGUAGGGGACCAGGCAGGGCUGGGCGCUGAGUCUCAGCAGCCACACGUACAGGAACAAGGGGAGCGGAGCCGGUUCCAACCGGUGGGGGAGGCCAGGUCCAAACAGAGACCCCCUACAGCCCGGAAGUCAGCCUCCCACGGUGACGAGCUGGAGCUCCAGUCUGCCUUCGAGGUGCUCCAGCAGGCAGAGCCCUGCGAGACAGACGGCCUCUCGCCCUCCAAACAGAAAGGGGGUAUCUCCCCUCGCCGUCCAAACCCACCCUCAAACAAGGACCUAGCGUCUGACCCCAAUGACAAGCUUGGCAUGGGGCUGGGGGUGGCAGCGCUGAGGUCCAACUUCGAGAGGAUCAAGCGGGCCAACUCUCACUCUGCCGGGGAUGGAGGGAAGAGCCAGGAGAAGCAGCAGCAGCAGCAGCCCUUCUACACCAACAUGGAGUUUCACCAUGACAGGGGCCUGGUCAGGGUCAACGACCGAGAUGUCUCUGACAAGAUCAGCACCCUGGGCAGCCAGGCCAUGCAGAUGGAGCGCAAGAGGUCCCUGCACUCUCUGCCAGGCAACCUGGCCACUGUGGCAGGCGAGCUCCGCACCCGUCCUGUCUACAGGGGGCGCUCUACAGAGAGCACUUGUGGGUACGAUGCUGAGUAUGAGGACGGGGACCCCAACCCACGCCACCCCAAGACCAACGGGGGAAAACAGCCCCCUCCACCCCCAUGGCAACCCUCUGACUUCCAGCCUUACACCAGCGUCUACGUGGGCGGGGUGAUGAUGGGCGAGGGCGGGGGGGAUGGGAAAGUGGCCGUCACCAUGAGGGACCACGUUGGAGACGAGCACCACCUGACCUGGCCCCAGCGCUCCUACUCUCCCGGGAGCUUUGAGGACGUGGGGGGCGGAGGCGGCGGCUACACACCAGACUGCAGCUCCAAUGAGAACCUGACGUCCAGCGAGGAGGACUUCUCGUCUGGCCAGUCCAGCCACGUGUCGCCCAGCCCCACCACGGCCUACCGCCGGCCUUUCAGGGAGAAGAGCCGCUCGCCCUCGCAGAACUCACAGAACUCCCAGCAUUCUAUUGACAGCAGUAGCCCCCCCACGCCACAGUCCCAGAAGCGUCCCCACCGCCAGCAGGGCCACGUGGUCAUGUCCGAAGCCACCAUCGUGAGCGUCCGUAAGACCGGCCAGAUCUGGCCCCCGCUCGACCCGGACACCACGCCGACCAGCAGAGACCCUCAUGACGGCAGUUUCCAUGGAGACCUGGACGGUCCGUUCACGGGGACCCCUCCCACUUAUGGUUAUGAUGCAGACCGUGCGGAGGAGCAGAGGCGCCACCAUGACAUCCUGCCCUACAUCGACGACUCGCCCUCCUCCUCGCCACACCUCAGCUCUAAGAGCCGAGACACCCUCUCCUCUGGAUUCCUCGAGUCCUCCAAGUCGACGGAGUUGGACCUGGAGAAAGGCCUGGAGAUGAGGAAGUGGGUUCUGUCUGGGAUCCUGGCCAGCGAGGAGACCUACCUCAGCCACCUGGAGGCACUGCUACUGCCUAUGAAGCCUCUGAAGGCAGCAGCCACCACGUCCCAGCCCGUGCUGACCAUCCCCCAGAUCGAGACCAUCUUCUUCAAAGUGCCUGAGCUCUACGAGGUCCACAAGGAGUUCUACGACGGCCUGCUCCCCCGGGUGCAGCAGUGGAGCCACCACCAGCGCGUGGGGGACCUCUUCCAGAAACAGGCCAGCCAGCUGGGAGUGUACCGGGCCUUUGUGGACAACUACGAGGUUGCCGUGGAGACGGCGGAGAAGUGCUGCCAGGCAAACACGCAGUUCGCUGAAAUCUCUGAGAACCUCAGGGUGAGGAGCACCAAGGACGUGAAGGACCAGUCAGCCAAGAACUCCCUGGAGACUCUCCUGUACAAGCCAGUGGACCGAGUGACCCGAAGCACCCUGGUUCUGCACGACCUGCUGAAGCACACGCCCUGCAGCCACCCAGACCACCCUCUGCUCCAGGACGCGCUCCGCAUCUCCCAGAACUUUUUGUCCAGCAUCAACGAGGAGACCACGCCCAGACGCCAGUCCAUGACCGUCAAGAAGGGAGAGAACCGCCAGCUGCUGAAGGACAGCUUCAUGGUGGAGCUGGUAGAGGGAGCCAGGAAGCUCCGGCAUGUUUUCCUCUUCACCGACCUGCUGCUCUGCGCCAAGCUCAAGAAACAGAUCGGAGGGAAGAGUCAGCAGUAUGAUUCCAAGUGGUACAUCCCUCUGUCAGACCUGACCUUCCAGAACGCAGAUGAGUCAGAGCCUCUGCACAUCCCCCAGGUGCCUGACGAGGAGCUGGACGCCAUGAAGGUCAAGAUCUCUCACAUCAAGAGUGAGAUCCAGAGAGAGAAGAGAGCCAACAAAGGGUCAAAGGUGAUUGAACGGUUGAGGAAGAAGCUGUCGGAGCAGGAGUCUCUUCUGCUGCUCACCUCCCCCGGUAUGGCCCUCCGAGUACACAACAGGAACGGCAAGGGUUACACGUUCCUGAUGUCAUCCGACUACGAGCGGGCCGAGUGGAAGGAGACGAUCCGGGAACAGCAGAAGAAAUGCUUCAAGAGCUUCUCCCUGACCUCCAUGGAGCUACAGAUGUUGACCAACUCCUGUGUGAAGCUGCAGACUGUCCACCACAUCCCGCUCACCAUCAACAAAGAAGGUCAAGAUGAAUCGCCUGGCCUCCAUGGAUUCCUGAAUGUAAUCGUCCACUCUGCCUCGGGCCUCAAACAGAGCCUGAAUCUGUACUGCACGUUAGAGGUGGACUCCUUUGGCUACUUUGCGAACAAAGCCAAGACGCGGGUGUAUCGGUACACCACAGAGCCCAAAUGGAACGAGGAGUUUGAGAUAGACCUGGAGGGCUCUCAGACCCUGAGGCUGUUGUGUUAUGAGAAGAGCUACAACAAGACCAAGCAGAUCAAAGAGGACGGAGACAGCACCGACCGCAUCAUCGGCAAAGGACAGAUCCCGCUGGAUCCACAGACGCUCCAAGGCAAAGACUGGCAGAGGACGCUUAUCCCCAUGAACGGGAUCGAGGUGAAGCUCUCUAUGAAGUUCACCAGCCGGGAGUUCAGUCUGAAGAGGAUGCCGUCGCGGAAACCCAUGGGCGUGUUCGGAAUCAAGAUCUCCACGGUGACCAAACGGGAGCACUCCAAGGUGCCCUACAUCGUCAGACAGUGUCUGGAGGAGAUUGAGCGGAGGGGGAUGGAGGAAGUGGGCAUCUACCGGGUCUCAGGGGUGGCUACAGAUAUCCAGGCCCUGAAGGCUGCCUUUGACACCAACAACAAAGACGUGUCUGUGAUGAUGAGUGAGAUGGAUGUGAACGCCAUCGCCGGGACUCUGAAGCUGUACUUCAGAGAGCUGCCAGAACCCCUCUUCACCGAUGAUCUGUACCCCAACUUCGCAGGAGGCAUUGCCCUGUCUGACAGCGUUGCCAAAGAGAGCUGCAUGCUGAAUCUACUGUUGUCGCUGCCAGAACCCAACCUGGUCACGUUCCUUUUCCUGCUGGAUCACUUAAAGAGGGUGGCUGACAAGGAGAGCAUCAACAAGAUGUCCCUCCACAACCUGGCCACGGUGUUUGGCCCCACCCUGCUGCGUCCUGCGGAGAAGGACAGCAUGAUCCCCACCAACCCCACGCAGCCUAUCAGCAUGGGAGACAGCUGGUCCCUGGAGGUCAUGUCACAGGUCCAGGUGUUGCUGUACUUCCUCCAGCUGGAGACCAUCCCCACGCCGGACAGUAAGCGUCAGAGCAUUCUCUUCUCCACCGAAGUGUAGAGGGUUCCACAGGGAGAUAGAGACUCGAACCCGAGUCUACAGUACAGUAUGGCCACUGAGAGUGAGAAUGGCCCUAGGUGGACUGGACUGCAGCAGGAGAUUUCUUCGGCGUUGAUUCUGGACACAUCCUGCAGAGGGCGCCACCACCCCCUCUGAGAACAAGAGGCUGACACCAGUACCACACAUCUGAUGAUGAUAAUGCAUUAUUACAUCACACCCAAUAGCCAGUGUGACUCUCUGACGCAACAUAUUCUCCUCUCCUCCUCGCUCUGUCUUUUCGCUCUCAUGUCAAAGCUCCACAGCUUGUGUACGUCGUCUGGAAUGAAUGCCACUACUGGACAUGCCCGCUGUGACCACAAAUGAAACACUUCAAUUUGAUACUCAUAAGCAUGUAGGGGAAAAGAGUGUCCCAGGUUUUAGUUUAGAGUUUUUUUGUUAUCGGCUCCUGCUUGGUAAGCAGAGAAACAGCUAUUGUGUAACUUAUGACAGAUUCUGUGAUUUCUCAUCACACUUUCGGGCUUCUCCACUUUAAGUUGUGGAAGGUCAUUCUCAGUUCUUUUCGAUUUAGUUUGAAGACUUAUACAGGCAGAGCAGAAAGACAAUGCUUUUGUUGUUUUCGUUUUGUACUGUGUGCCUCUUCAGAAAUAGCCAGAUUGUGAUCGACAUCACAUACACAGUAUAUUUGUUUUUGGACGAUUAUGAAGGCAAGAGCCUGCGCUGCGUUUUGUUUAGCCAUCUCAAACGUUUGCUUCAUUUCUUAAUCCACCGCUGGAGAGAUUCAAUCUGUAUGUUUUACACGUGAUACACUGGGACCACAAUGCUAAGGUUACGUUGAAAAGGAACCAUCUGGGUCCUCUGAAGAGGUUCUAAUAGGAACAUCCAGAACUGCCAGGAUCACCACACAGUUGUCCCAGGAAUCCAGAACACACACACACAGUGUAUACAAGGUAAACAAGCCUUGGACAAACACAGAGAGAAAGAAAAGGAACAGUUGACAGAAAGGGGUGAUCUUUCUAUAGAUUAUAAAAGGACAGUUUGGACCAUAAAGCAAUUCUACCUAGUUGUGUUGUUUGUGUCUCAAGUAGUCCUUAUUUUAAAUAUCCGGGAAGCAAUAUAUUUUCUAACAGAGGAUUUUGUCUGCGUUCAUAUCUUUGGUCCGCAGACGUCAUAGGAGAUCAAAAAUCAUCUGUUGUUCUUUCUUUUUUUUAACACAAUUGUAUUUACAGAUAAAUUAUUUACAUAAUCGUAAAGCUGUCAUUUGUGUAUGUUACUUAUUUGAACAGUGUAAAGAUCAUUGAUAUGAGCAUAAUUUAUUUUUGGGGGUGGGGGCCAGAUACAACAUCUCUUUGUUUCCGAUUUGAUGAAGAAAGUGGUGUCGGUUUCAGCCUUGAGUCCUGGGGUGAUGGCAGAUCGUAUCCCGCCUAUGUAACCAGGAUGUAGCCUUGUUGUGGAAAAAAACUGCAGUUUUGUCCAGCCUUUUGUUAGCCAUUUAUCCAUCAUGAAGGUAACACUCCCUCUAUGAUUUUGAAUGCUGCUGUGGAAAUGUCACAACUUCUCUUCAUCUGUUGCUUAACCUUCCCGGUGAUUGUCCACCACCACCACCGGCCCUGAAAUCUUGCUGUGUUACUGAAGUAGUAAACCAAAAUGAUACAUUUAGUAGUAUACAGUACAUACAAUAACGUGUUUCCUCUUGUCAACUGUCUCAGUGGUCUUGUAAAAGUAAUUAUCAUGGAAAUUAAGGUAAUUUUGCCUUAUUUUCAAAUUGGUUGUUUUGAUUUGCAGGCGCUCUACAUUUUUGUCUAAAGUGAACCAUUCUGUUGCUUUUAUGAAAGAAUACUUGUUUAUCCUAUUUUCACCAAUAUUUUGGUGGGUGUUUGGACAGCUGUCUUAAACCGUCCCCUACACCCCUCCCCCAUUGUCUGCCUGAUAGUAACCCGUCCCCUACACCCCUCCCCCAUUGUCUGCCUGAUAGUAAACCGUCCCCUACACCCCUCCCCCAUUGUCUGCCUGAUAGUAACCCGUCCCCUACACCCCUCCCCCAUUGUCUGCCUGAUAGUAAACCGUCCCCUAUACCCCUCCCCCAUUGUCUGCCUGAUAGUAACCCGUCCCCUACACCCCUCCCCCAUUGUCUGCCUGAUAGUAAACCGUCCCCUACACCCCUCCCCCAUUGUCUGCCUGAUAGUAACCCGUCCCCUACACCCCUCCCCCAUUGUCUGCCUGAUAGUAACCCGUCCCCUACACCCCUCCCCCAUUGUCUGCCUAAUAGUAACCCACAAAAGGGACCUGGAAAAGGAAAUGCUCUUCAGAAAAUAAAAGAGAAGAUUAUAUUAGUAGGGUUUUAAUUUCAGUACCUUGAUUUAGCAUGCAGGCAUGUUUGAUUACAUUUAUUUUCUUCACUGUGUUGUCAUCUAUAGUGAGUUCCGAAAGUAUUGGGAACACAUUUGUUGUUGCUCUGUACUCCAGUACUUUAGAUUUGAAAUGAUACAAUGACCAUGAGGUUAAAGUGCAGACUGCCAGCAUUGAUUUGAGGGUAUUUUUAAAAUCCAUAUCAGGUGAACCGUAUAGAAAUUACUGCACUCUUUGAAUAUAGUCCACCCAUUUUAGGGGACAAAAAUAUUGGGACAAAUUCACUUAUGUGUAGUCAAAAGUUAAGUAUAUAUUUAGCCCCAUAUUCAAUGGAUCACAUCAAGCUUGUGACUCAAAACAUGUGUUUGGAUGCAUGUGCUGUUUUGUUUUGGUUGUGUUUCAGAUGAUUUUGUGCCCAAUAGAAAUGAAUGGUAAAAAAUGUGUUCGGUCAUUUUGGAGUCACUUUUAUUGUAAACAAGAAUAGAAUGUUCUCAACACCUCUACGUUCAUGUGGAUGCUACCAUGGUUACGGAUCAUCCUGAAUUAAAAGCAUCCACAUGAAUGUAGAGGUGUUGAGAACAUUCUAUUCUUGUUUACAAUAAAAGUGACUCCAAAAUGACACAAUACAUGAUGUACUAUCCAUUUCUAUCGGACACAAAAUGUCCUGUAAUUUCUAAACGGUUCAGCCGAUAUGGAUGAAAAUAGCCUCAAAUUAAAGCUGACAGUCCUGCACUUUAACUUCAUAGUCGUUGUAUUAUUUCAAACCCAAAGUGCUGGAUUACAGAGCCAAAACAACAACAGAAAGCUCACUGUACUUGUUGUUGUCAUGUUGGGCCACAGGAUGUGCUUUGGUUCUGAUAAAGAAGCUUAAAAUAGGUUAUAAUGUUUCAUGCUGGCUGACAAAUUGUUAACGAGAAAGGUGUUUAGUUUACUAACUCAGAGACUGUACUACUCUCUACGCUACUGACAUUUCAUGAAGGACUCCGGCAUUUUGAAGUUAGCCAGAGACAUUUCUGGCAGUUUUGACUGUAGUCAGUACAGUAGGUAGUGUAAAAUCUGGCAUUUGUGAGUGUGUGGGUGUGUAUGCAAGCAUUCAUGCCCACAAAUGUGUGAGUGAGUGAAUGAAUUAAUGGGACAAUUAUUUACUGUAUAAAAAAGGAAAUUAAGACAUGUUUCAAAUCCUGACUUAACCAUAUAUCAACUAACUCAGUUCCGGUUAAUAGCCAUAGUCAUCAUUUUUAACAACACAUUUUUGGCCUAAUGUAUCCUCACAUAUCCCACACACAUGUAACUGUACAUGAAGCAAGCCAUUAGCUAUGAGAGAGAAAGGCAGUGCAUUGACCAGUCAUUUGGAUCGCUUUGAUCUUCAUAAUUAGUGCUUUAAUGUGCACUGUUCUGCUCCAUUGUGCCUCCACGCUAUAGCUUUUAUUCAGGAUGUAUGCCGUGGGUUUCAAUAUGUCAUUGGAAUUGCUGUUAGGAGACUUACUGGGUGCUUUAGUCUCCCUUGCCUUUUGAGAAAACCGAUAUGUCAUUCUGGCACAUAUUUUGAGACCAAUACAUGACCGUAGAGUUUGGUAUCUCCAUUCAUGGUACUAGCCUGUGUUGGAGAUCUCGUCUGAAUAUUAUGAUACCAAACUGAGUCCAGUUCAUUUUUGGAAUAAAUACGAUGCUGACAAUGGACAAAUGCCUAGUCAAUAACCCUCACUCUGCCUUAGCUCUGUCUACAAUAACAAAAUAUCUCAUUUUCAGCUUUUCUGUUCCAGUUCUGUGUAAAAUGAAGUCUACUGUAUUUACAGAGUUGAAUACCCUCAUCGGAAGGAAACGAUAUUAGUAGUAACUAAGUGCUAUCUAUACUUGUAGGAGGACACUUUCAAAAAUCACUGUCAGUUAUAUGACUCAUAUCUAGAUCAUAUCGCUCAAGGCUCUAUGCUAUGCUGUGUAUCGUUCAUUUGUAAGUCCUUUGUUUGUUUUCCAAUAACAGCCAAACAGUCUGUAACCACCUGUUGUCCUAUCUGUUGCUAAUGUAUGUAUGUAUGUGUGUGUGUGUGUGUGUGUGUGUGUGUGUGUGUGUGUGUGUGUGUGUGUGUGUGUGUGUGUGUGUGUGUGUGUGUGUGUGUGUGUGUGUGUGUGUGUGUGUGU